AUGUACCACUCGGACGACGCCGAGACGCGUGACCAGCCCGGACGACCGCGAUGCGCCACCCUACGACCUGACCCUCACGACCAGCCCGACACGAUCGACCCGUUCGUGAUCCCGAAGCACUCGUAUGCUCAUCCAGGGCAGCGCCGUAGACUCGUCACCCAUGCCAUCCACCAUCCACCGCUGCAGACCCGUGCCAUCCGCCACUACCUCCGCCUCACCAAGCACCAGAUUCCUAAUUGGAGGAAGAUUGCGAAUGACAUGUGGAGUUUAUUUUGCGAGGAGAAAGCAAAGAUCAAAAGCAUCAUUGGUGAUCUCCGUGUGAGUAUCACAACCGAUACUUGGACCUCUAUCCAAAAUAUCAAUUACAUGGUGGUGACGGUCCAUUUUAUCGACUCAGAUUUCCAUUUACACAAGAGGGUGCUCAACUUUUGUAAGAUUACUUCUCAUAAGGGUGAAGACAUAGGAAGGUGUCUCGAAGAGAAGUUGGUCGAAUGGGGCAUAAGUAAGGUGUUUACCGUUACUGUAGACAAUGCGAGUUCCAAUGAUGUGGCCGUGGAGUAUUUGAAGAAGCAACUCCGGAAGCAUGAUAGUGAUAGUCUUAUGCUUGAUGAAAACUUGCAUAUGAGGUGUGCUUGUCACAUAAUUAACAUGAUUAUGAAGGAUGAAAUGAAAGAGUUAGUAGAUUCCAUUGAAGUCAUCCGAAAUUGUGUGAAGUAUAUUCACUCUUCAAGUCCGAGGUUGGAUAAGUUUCGGGAGUACGCGGUUUUAGAGAAGAAGGACAAAAUGUCCACUAUCCCGAUGGAUGUUGUGACUCGGUGGAAUGCCACAUACAUCAUGCUUCAUGGUGCUUACAAGUUUAAAGGUGUCUUUGCAAGGAUGGUGGAAGAAUUUACGCCAUUUAAGACAUACUUUGAAGAUGGAAGAGUGUGGCCUCAGACGGAUGAAGAUUGGGAAAAGGCUAUGGGAUUUGCACAUUUUCUCCAGAAGUUCUAUGAUGCCACCAUCAAGCUUAGUGCCACCAAGACUCCGACCUCGCAUCUUGUUCUAAAAAUCUUGAUAAACUUUAAGAUUGAGAUUGAGGCUAGAAUUAGAAAUCAGAAAAAUAUUGUGUUGCAAAAUGUGGCUACAUCCAUGAAGAAGAAGUUUGAUAAAUAUUGGGGCUCUUUGGAAGAUAUGAACAUUUUAAUGUUUGUAGCCCAAACCCUUGAUCCAAGAUAUAUGUUUCAAUUGAUGGAGUUGCAACUAGGGGAGCUUGGCUACACUCCAAAUGAUGUUGAGCACCUCAAGAGUCGGGUGAAAAGACACUUGUAUCUUAUGUAUGAAAUUUACAAGGGAACAGAAAAAUCAUAUGUGGAUGUGCAUGAGGAUGUGGAUGAUGGUGUUGAUCUUGGUGAUGAUGAUGGUGAUGAUGAUGAUGAUGUGGAAGUUCGGAUAGAGCGAAGACUUAAUAAGCAAAGAAAUGAAGCAAAACUCAAAGAGAUAGCUAAUGAAAUUGAAAGUACUAUAAUGAUGCAUAUGAAAGUACAAAGAAUGAUGAUUUCGACUUAUUGGGGUGGUGGAAAAGUAAAAUAUCAAACUACUCUAUUCUUUCCAAAGUUGCUAAGGAUGUACUUGCUUUUCCUACUUCAACCGUUGCUAGUGAAAAUGCCUUUAGCCUUGGAGGAAGGAUUGUGGAUCCGUUUAGAGCUUAUUUGA